CCCGCUCCCGACACCGGCACCGGCACCGCACAGCCCAGCUCCACCUGCAGGAUGCCAAACUGGGGAGGAGGAAAGAAGUGUGGGGUGUGCCAGAAGGCUGUGUACUUCGCUGAGGAGGUGCAGUGUGAGGGCAGCAGCUUCCACAAGUCCUGCUUCUUGUGCAUGGUCUGUAAGAAGAACUUGGACAGCACCACGGUGGCUGUGCAUGGAGAGGAGAUCUACUGCAAGUCCUGCUAUGGCAAGAAGUAUGGCCCCAAGGGCUAUGGCUAUGGCAUGGGAGCAGGGACCCUGAGCACUGACAAGGGCGAGUCCCUGGGCAUCAAAUACGAAGAGGGCCAGCCCCACCGACCCACCAACCCCAACGCCUCCAGGAUGGCCCAGAAGGUGGGAGGUGCUGAUGGGUGCCCUCGCUGUGGGCAGGCAGUGUAUGCAGCUGAGAAGGUGAUUGGAGCUGGGAAGUCCUGGCACAAGUCCUGCUUCCGCUGCGCCAAGUGCGGCAAAAGCCUGGAGUCCACCACGCUGGCAGACAAAGAUGGAGAGAUCUACUGCAAAGGUUGCUAUGCCAAGAACUUCGGUCCCAAGGGCUUUGGCUUUGGGCAGGGUGCUGGGGCUCUGGUCCACUCGCAGUGAGGCAGCUGGAGCCAGGCUCUUCUCUCGCUCAGGGCUCGUCCGUGCCAGCCUGUGCCACCCGACCCUCCCUCCCCGUGCCCUCGGGGAGCAUCCUCACCACCAACAGCCACCUGCUGCUUCACAGCUCGAGUGCCUUCCCCCGCCCUGCCCAGCACACCCUGGAGCUGUGGGAGUCCCAGCCUCGUCCCCACCAAGCCCUGCUGCUGUGGGUGCCAGCAGGGUGCCAGCUCACAGCCCCCUGCAGCCAGGCUCCCUGUGCCUGAAAGGUUCUGCUGCGUGCUGCCCACCUGCGGGGUGUGGGCUCAGCCCUGCCACACUGUGCCACCGAGCAAGCAAUAAACAUCAGA